CCGCCGAACUUCGUGCAGUGGAGAAACGCUAAGGUUAUUAGGUUCCUGCAAGUUAUUUGGGGCCCGGUCAAGAUUUCAAGCUAAACAUGGUGGCGAUGAGUAGCCUGAGGGUCAUUCUUCGAGCCUCUCCAUGCAAGUCACUGUGGAGAAGAUUGCAGACGUCCAGGUUCGUGCCAGCGAGGCCCUGCAGCCUCUACACCUGCACGUACAAAAGCCAGAACCGAGCCUUGCACCCGCUCUGGGAGACCGUGGACCUGGUCCUGGGGGGCGAGCGCCAGUCGCCCAUCAACAUCCGGCAGAGGGACAGCGUCUAUGAUCCUGGUUUAAAACCGCUCACCAUCUCUUACGACCCCACCACCUGCCUCCAUGGCUGGAAUAACGGGUACUCUUUCCUCGUGGAAUUUGAAGAUUCUGCAGAUAAAUCAGUGAUCGAGGGAGGACCCCUGGAGCACUACUACCAAUUGAAGCAACUCCAUUUUCACUGGGGUGCCAUCGGUGCCUGGGGCUCAGAGCACACCGUGGACAGUAAAUGUUACCCGGCAGAGCUGCAUUUGGUGCAUUGGAAUGCAGUCAAAUUUGAAAACUUUGAGGAUGCAGCAUUGGAAGAACAUGGUUUGGCUGUGAUCGGAGUAUUUUUAAAGCUAGGCAAACAUCACAAAGAGCUACAGAAAUUGGUGGAUGCUUUGCCAUCGAUCAAGCAUAAGGACACCCUUGUGGAAUUUGGGUCAUUUGAUCCUUCCUGCCUAAUGCCUGCCUGCCCAGAUUACUGGACCUACUCCCUGACUACCCCGCCACUCUCCGAGUCUGUCACCUGGAUCAUUAAGAAGCAACCCGUAGAGGUUGAUCAUGGUUAGCUUGAACAGUUUCGGACCCUGCUUUUCACUUCAGAGGGGGAGAAAGAAAAAAGAAUGGUGGACAAUUUCCGCCCCCUUCAGCCCCUAAUGAAUCGCACUGUCCGCUCUUCCUUCCGUCAGGAUUAUGUCCUGAAUAUACAAGCGAAACCCCAGCCUUCAACUAGCCAAGUGACCCCCUAA